CACAAGUCCUUUGAGGGGUCUCGCAACGGACGGACGCAUGCCAUGGCCACUCGGUUUUGUCCAACCUCCAGUCGAGAUACUCCAGCAGAUCUUCGACCGAACGUUCCCACCGCACUACCUUCUCGAACAAGAUCAUGCCCUCGAUGAAUUCUCUUACGCCUGUCUGGUGACAUCGGAGCAAAAAUCGCACAUGUCGGUCUGCAAAGAGUGGUACAAUAUCGUCAAGCCAUACCUUUAUGAAUACAUCCAGAUCAGACACCCUAUCCAACUGUUCUUGCUGCUGAAAUCCCUCAAACAACAUCCCGACAACCAGUCCUUGAUCAAAGUAUUGCACAUCAACUGCAUGAUAAGCAUAACUUGGCAACACAAAUUCGGCAAAACUCUUCAAUCGGUCGUCGAUCGCGCACCCAAUCUCAGGGAAUUCUCAAUGAGACGCUGGAACCUGCCCUGGGCCGACAGCUGCUCCAUCCCGUGCGGCUUACGCUUUCCGGUCUUCAAGCACGAACCAAUGUCACACCUGAAGAUCGUAUACGACUCGUCUCUCAAAGUGGGCGUGCUUUCCCGAGACUUUCUCGACCAUGGGUCUGGGGUCUUUGACAGAUUGACCCAGUUAUCCCUGGAUGUCAACAUCCAACGCUACUUCGCGGACAGACAAGACAGGCCCUUGAAGGUGAACUUGCCGCGACUGGAGACGCUAGAGUGUCGCUACCGGUUCCUUGGGUUGAAGGGCACCUGGAGGAUGCCUCGUCUACGGCGGGUGAUGCUCCAGCUCCCCACCCUCCGUCCACCCAGCGUAGAAGAGCUGUCAGGCAUACUCAAGGAAUUCUUCACCGCACAUGGCAAAGGCCUAAAAGAACUGCAACUUGAAUCAGAAGGCGGAAGCUACCUAAUCAGCACGGGUUACAACCCAGGACCCGCUCUCGAUGUACUCGAUUUGGCCAUACUCUGUCCUUCCCUCGAUCAUCUCAUUUUGGAUGGGUACCUUAUCUUUGGGUAUCAGACGUUUGCACAUCCAGCACUGCGUUGGAUCGAUGUAUGGUGUGCAGCCCCUACGGAUCGAAAUUGGCGUCCUGAAAUCGAGGCGUAUUACCGUGAUAUACGUAACCGAUACCCUAUUGGUACUCAACUCUUCCCAUCGUUGCGUCGAGUGCGAAUCCUCGACUAUCAACUACACCACCUCCAAGACCUUCCCUAUCGACUCCCGCCUUGGUCUGUCAUCUCACCUAGAGACUCGUACGAAGUUCGGUUUAUGGAUCUUUGUAUCAUCCAUGAAGUGGGGGGAGUUUAUGCAUUCAAGCCGCCAGAAGAGAGUGGAUAUGGGAGUGAGGAUUCGUCGUACGACGGGGGCGAGUGGGAAUACGCAACCUCGUCGGGAUACGAGACUAGCGGCUCCGAGUUACGCGAAAUGUCCACCGAUGAGGACGGUGGCCUCGAGCUGUUCUCUGGUUUUGAUUCGGAUUAG